AGCCGCCAUUUUAUUUGUAUUGUAUCGCCAUUUCAUUUCUUUCGUGAGAUGGAGAAUUGAGCAAGAAAGUGAGACAGAAAUAAAAUAAUCUGAAUCCUGUUGCAAUUAAUAAGCUUUCCAAAUUACUUUAAAGUAAUCUUUGAAAGUUAUAAUCAGGUUAGCAUUUAUAUUUAUACGAUGUGCAGCUGAUUGAAAGUGUGUGAUGAAAUAAUUGUUGUGUCGAUAUGUUCACUACGAACACAGUACAAACCGGCACAGUGCCGACGCUGCAAUAUCAAGAGCAUCCGACUCAAAAGUCUCAAGGCAAAAACAUUGAAAACGUUCAGCAAAAGAAUGCUCAACAAACUCAACAACAACAGGAAUUUCCAACAUUUUGUUAUACAACUAAUGUCAACAUGAUUGGCAAACUUGGGACAGGCACGACAACCGGAGCUGGUAACGUCACCAGCGGAGUAAACAUAACACAGCUUACUACAAGCGACGAUAAGACUUGCUACAUAGCCCAGCCAUUUUCCUACAACUAUGCAUUAGUGAAUCAAAUGCAAAUCGCUCCAAAUGGAAUACAGAAUACAAUAUCCAAUAUUAGCUUCAAAUGCGAUGUUUGUGGUCUCAUGUUUGGGCACCUCACUCUUCUUAAUGCUCAUAAAAGGAUACAUGCUCAAGACACAGAUAGCAAUAUCACAGUGGUAGCAACGGGUGUAAGUGCUGGCAAUGAUGUUGCCAUGCCGCCGCACAUUCAGAUCCUCUCCUCUGAUCCCACUGAGCAGCAACAACACCAUGUACAAAUUCAAGACACUAAACCAGUCAUAAUAGAAAAAAUCCAGAAAUGUAUUACUUGUGGUGGACCCAUUGCCAACAACCCCAAAAGAAAGGGGCCUAAAUUAAUACGCUGUGAAAACUGUAUUAUACAGGAUACUGUAGAUCAAAGAAAUAACCAAUUGAAUGCAACUCAAAUAUUUGUAGCAGCGGAAGACAAUGUUAAGUUUGAAGUGACCGGGGUAAGCACCGUGCAACCAGCAGCGGAUCCACUUUCAACCACCCAGACUAAUCAACAGACGCAACAACAACAACAGCAACAGAAACCUUUACCUGGCCACCAUCCUGUGAAAAGGAGAAACUUAGCAUCAGUAACGAAAUGUCAGAACUGCAAUGGUUCGGGCAUUAUUUUUGUAGGUGGGAAUAAGAAUAAGUUAAAUAAUGCUAAUUUGGACAAGCCAUUCCACUGUAAUAUUUGUGGGGGCUCAUUUGCCAGAUAUUCCUCAUUAUGGUCACAUAAAAAGUUACAUUCUGGUGAGAAGAACUUUAAAUGUGGCAUUUGUGGGAUUGCAUUUGCUAAGGCUGUUUAUCUUAAGAAUCAUUCAAGAAUACACACAGGAGAAAAACCAUACAGAUGUAAUACUUGUGGUAUGCAGUUCUCACAGUCACCUCACUUGAAGAACCAUGAAAGAACUCAUUCAGGGGAGAAACCAUAUGUUUGUGAAGUCUGCGACAAGGGAUUUGCGCGGCACGCUACAUUAUGGAAUCAUCGUCGCAUACACACUGGGGAGAAGCCGUACAAAUGUGGGACAUGCGGAUCAGCGUUCAGUCAAGCGGCUCACCUCAAGAACCAUGCUAAAGUGCAUUCCGGAGAGAAGCCCUUCAAGUGCGACAUUUGCACGGCUGCCUUCGCGGAUAGGUUCGCGCUCAAAAGGCAUCGGGGGAUUCACGACAAAUAUGGACAAACAGCGCCUUUGCCUUCACGAAUUCAACAAAAUCAAGCAGAGCAACAACAACAACAAACUCAAAAUAGUGAGCAGCAGAGCACACAACCAGCAGUAGAAGUGGAACACCAUGGAGAACAGUCACUUUGAGUCGAGUCACUCUCAGUUUUAAGAGAAUCCCACCAUGUCAGUUGAUUAUGUUGUCUCUGGUGACCAAAAGACCAUAUUGUGAUAAUGAUGCCCAACCUUGAUUCAGUGGUGAUUGAAUAUACAGUAGUAUUUCUAAUCCAUUGUAGGCACUUUUUACUAUUGCAAUCGCAGCGGCAUUAAUGACUUACGUAUUUGUGUUCAUUUAAAGUUGGUGUUCAGUUAUCAAUUUUUGACUUCAUAAGAUUAUCAUUAUCAAAAACAAAUUAGCCUAUUAAAAUUAUUGGCUGUGGAAUGCAACAUAGUAUUUCUUUUCAAUCUCUCUGUAUUUUCUGUAAUUUUAAUUUACAUCAUGGUAUUGUAAAUAAAUGAAUUCAGGUGCGUCACGAAGCCUAUGUGAUUUAGUAUUUUAGCAUAUCUAAUGAGGAGUAUAAGUUUUUUUUAUUUAUAGGAAGUGGAUGGGGUGAACUUACUUAUAUUAGAAGCAAUACUUUUUAUAGGUAAAAGGUUCUCUGCAAUACAAUAUUCAGUAUAGCUGCUAAACAAUUAUUGUUUAUUUUUGUAUAGAUAACAUCGAGUAAAAUUGUAGUAAGUACAGCUCAUCCAGAAGCACCCGCAUCAUAGUGAUGCGUUUUGUAAGUUAAACCUGGAAUUUUUUAAUUAUGGAAUAUACAUAGUAAAUUUUUUGUCUAAA